CAAGGAGGCAACGGCGUGAUCUAAGAGAUACGCGGGAUGGGAAAUGAACCUCGGGGAUUGGAGGGCAUUAAUGGCGCUUGAAAUCUUUCCAAUUUUUUAUUCUGGAUAAGUAGGUUGAGCGAGCGUGACGGAUGGUGACUUCACCGUUUCGUCACUUUCUUAUUAGGGCGCUGGAGAAUUGGGAAAUCGGAGGAUGUGAAGAUUUUAUAUAUAUAGACAAAGGGGCAGCCAAUCCUUAUGCAUAAGCGGAGGCGACGAGUAGAGGAAGGGAAGGAUGAGGAUGGAUUCUGGUUUGCUGAAGACCUCCAAUCUGCAGUCUUUCCUUGCUCAUAUCACGCCUUCAGUGCCUACUUACCCUCUUAAAAAGGAUCUGAGUAGCAUUUGCCAACCAACUGAGAAGGAGAACAUGGAGCAUUUCACACUAGCAGACCUCUGGAACCAGUAUGAAGAGUGGAGUGUAUAUGGUGUUGGGGUUCCUAUCAUCCUUCCCGAUGAUGAAACGACAGAUCAAUACUAUGUUCCAUACCUAUCUGCUAUUCAAUUAUAUACCAGAAAAUCACUUGCUUUUUCGAGGAUUUUCCCACAAGACAACCAGUGUGAAUGUUCUAGUGAUGACAACGAGAGUGACACAAUGUCUAAGUCAUCAGAUGCUUCCUCAGAUGGUUCAGUUAUUACCCAUGAAAACUUAUUUCCAAGAAAAAACACCUUUGGGCAGAUGUAUGCCCAGUAUAUAGAGUAUGGUUCUCCCUAUAGAAGGCCACCCCUUGUGGACAAGGUAAAAGAGUUGGCUCGGCGAUUUCCUGGUUUGUUGUCAUUGAAGAGCGAAGAAUUGUCACCUGCUAGCUGGUUUUCUGUUGCCUGGUACCCUAUCUAUCACAUUCCAGCAUGUGCAAAUGUUGAGGAUUUGUCUGCUUGCUUUCUUACUUAUCAUACCAUAUCAACAUUGUCUGAAGAUAGCAUUGAGUCUGAUGAUGAAAAAGAUCUCUAUUCUGUAAUUGGGAGGAUCAACAAGCCGGUGAAAAAGAACGGGAGAAAUGCCAUUGCUCUUUCGCCAUUUGGUCUCUCUACCUACAAAAUGCAGGAGGACUUGUGGAAGGACCCAAAAUCUUUCGACAAUGAAACCCUGAACGCACUUUACAAUGAAGCAUAUUACUGGUUGACGCAACUCGGGGUCGAACACCAUGACUUCAAAUUCUUCGCUACUCACUGACUGUAAACCCUUCGGAACAUGUCCUUUCUCAUGCCACUAUAAUAUAUCAUUAACCUUCUGGUGAGACGAGAAAUAUGUUAACACCAAUAAAUCCAGUCUACGAGAGAGUCGAAUUGAGUGUGGUGAAAGAACCAGCAAGUUCUAUUUUGGUAACUACACUUCAGCCAUGAGCUGAUAGCAAUGGAUCUUCAGAGUAGGCUUGAACUAUACAUUUUCUUUUGCCUUUUUUGCUUGGGAAUUGACAGCAACUGGAUCUUCAGUGUAGCAUCGAACUAUAUAUCGUCCAAUUACUUUGCCACGGACAGCUUAACAAUUAGUUUUGCCUUUGCGCUAAAGAUUUUCAGCUGUUUGAUUUCA